CGAAUGAAUGGUGAAAGGAGAAGAGUGAAAGAGCUUCAUCUCUCUCUCUCUCUCGUACUUUCUCUCUCUAAAAUCAAAUGUUGCAGUCACAACACAUCCUCCCCACCCAUUUCCCCUUCUCUCAUCUCCAUAACCACUUUCUCUCUCCCUCUUCCUCUUCCUCUUCCUCAUCUCCACUUACUUUCAUCCAUGGUGGCAGACCGAUCAUCACUCUCAGAGCUACUCCACUUCGACCCCGACCUCGACCCGAGCCAUGGCUAGCUCGAGCCUCCGACCCCACUACCACCGAUGUGCCAGAAGAGAAGGAGGAAGGUCCCAUGGAGUUCUUCCAAUCCACUGCUCCUAUUUUCGCCACUUCCGACGAGCCUUCUUCUCUCCAAGUCGCCACCAGUGUUCUCCUCACCGGUUCCAUCGCCGUCUUCCUCUUUCGCUCUCUUCGCCGCCGCGCUCGCCGCGCUAAAGAACUUAAAUUUAGGUCGGAUGGAGUGAAGAAAUCAGUGAAGGAAGAAGCACUUGAAACCUUAAAAGCAAUGGGGUCAGCUUCAGUGGAAGCUAAGUCUACACCUUCGCCUAUUCAGGCUUUGUUGGGAGGCAUAUCAGCUGGUGUUAUUGCUCUUAUUCUUUACAAGUUCACAACUACUAUUGAGGCAGCUCUCAAUCGGCAAACACUUUCAGAUAAUUUCUCGGUUCAGCAAAUUACUAUAACCAUAAGGACCAUCAUAAAUGGUUUGUGCUACCUUGCAACAUUUGUUUUCGGCAUCAACUCUGUCGGCUUAGUUCUUUAUGCUGGUCAGCUAGCCAUCAAUUCCUUCAUGGAAGAAGAAUCCACAAGUAAGGAAACUGAGAGCAAAAAUGAGGAUCAAUCAGGGUCACUGAGUUCAACUGCCGAGACUCCUACAAACACUGGCGACAGCAUCGAAGGGAGGCAAAGUUCAGAUGACUCACAAUAACAGAAGAUAAAAUCUAAAAGGUUCCUUCUUUUUUUAUCAUCUUGACUAGUAGAAAACUUGUUUAUCUUUAGAGAAGAGGUGGUUAAUCCCUGCUGACUCAGUCCUCCAUGUUGUAACUAAAUUGCACAAGAUGGUGUAAUAUAUGUGUAUAAUUAGCUGCUAUUCAUGAGGUUUUCUGAA